AUGUCCUCGCCGCCGGAUUACAGUGAACUGCCGCGUUACAGCACCGCUAAUCUCUUGUCUAGCGCGCCGCCUUACUCGACGUGCCACUCGCGUCCUGCGACCUCGUAUUCUGCUCAUGCAUCGACAUCGCAGCCACGACCGUUUGAAGUCAGGGAUGGCCAGCUCGUACUCUCUGUCAACGCCCCACGUUUAUCGUCUCGUGGUCGGCCAAAGUACCUCGCCGGAGAGGCUAUUCAGGGCCAGGUUAUAAUGGAACUCGACCACCCGGAGUCCGUGCAUGGCGUCCAGAUAGUGGUCAAAGGCCGAGUUGUAUCGACACAUAGCGAGAUCACCUCGUUCACCUUUCUCAGAGACUCCCAUGACCUGCUCAAAGGCAAGCAACGUCAGCGACGACUCGUUGGUCAGCAUCAGUGGGCAUUCGACUUUCCUUUCCCCACGGAAAUGCAGAUCGAGCGGCACGGCACGUAUCCCCUGCCGCAAACGUUCUUGGAUCGAGGGACUGCCAUCGCCAUCCACUACGAGCUUGUCGCUAUAGUUGACCACGGGAAACUGCGAGCAUGUCGAAAAGUCCGGACGCAACUUUGCUACGUGCCCAAGACCGUCGCAGGCGCGCCUUCACGGCUUCAAGCGCGCGCCUACAGGCAGGGAUUGCCGCCGCCGGGCCCAGCAGAGGACCCUCGCGGCUGGUGCGCCCUCGAACCUGCGGUGAUGCGCGGGAGGGUAUUCGACAAGCGCGACGUGGAAUCCCGAUUCAUAUUGUCGCUCGCCAAUCCCCUUUCCUACGCCCGCGGAACCGUCAUCCCCUGCCAUAUGACCGUGCAGUGCUUCGACCAGCAGGCGCUCGAGCUGCUGUCCAACCCAAAGGACAUCACUGUGCACUUGCGCCGGCACGUGCGGUACGCGUUCGGGGACAUCAAACGAGAAAGCGCGGUGCGCCCGGUCAUCGUUUGCGACGUCGGCAAAGCUAUUUGGUGGCCCUCUGCUGAUCAGCACGCGCACGCGUACGAGCGCAGGCUGGACGGUGAGAUACACUUGCCUUCCGACCUGCAGCCCUCGUCGGACUUCCCGUAUUUUGGCGUUCAGUAUGGCGUCGUUGUCAUUCCCGCUCCUAUAACUGGAUUCAAGACUCAGUAUACUUCGCCUCAGGUUGCGCAGGCCGUGGAGAUCACGACAUGGCACGCACCGGGACCUAUACCUCUGCGCACAAAGCCGGAAGAGGCGAGCAAUGGACCUCCAGACCAGAGGUACAUCGAAGGGAGCGAUGCCACACUGAUAGACACGCUGAUUUCAGUGUUCUCUGGCUCCCGUCGUCGUGUCACCGUACCUUGA